UCCUCCAAGGUCGCCAAAUUGGCUCGAAAACCGUCAAAUAAAAAUGAGUUAACCAGCGACGGCCAGUCUCGCCAAAACCGCCUUAUCACAAUGUCAGUAUUAUCCCGUUUUGUGGCGUUCACCAACCGACACCCGGUGGUCCGCGGGAUGAUUUCGUACGCGACCAUCUGGCCCACAUCAUGCAUCAUUCAGCAAACCAUGGCGGGGAAAAAUUUCGAAAAUUACGACUGGAUGCAAGCCCUCAGGUUCAGCCUUUAUGGGGGCCUUUUUACCGCCCCCACUCUCUACGCCUGGGUGCGAUUAUCGACCAUCAUUUGGCCCAAAACCAAUCUGAAAACGGCAGUCACUAAAGCUGUUGUUGAGCAAAUGAGCUAUGGGCCGGCCGCUAUGGCCUGUUUCUUCUUCGGGAUGAGCCUCAUGGAGGGAAAAUCGGUGCAAGAAGCUAAACAUCAAGUCGAGCUGAAAUUUUGGCCAUCGUACAAAGUGGCGAUAUGCUUCUGGCCGUUUUUGCAAACGAUUAACUUCUGUUUCGUACCUGAAAAAAAUCGAGUUCCCUACGUAAGCGUCUGUAGUUUGGUGUGGUGUUGCUUUUUAGCGUAUAUGCAUCAAUUACAAAUCAAAAAACAGGCCGAAGUUUCGAUUUUAAACGAACAGCUUUUACAAAACUGAUGAUAAUCUCAAUUUAGUCCAAUAAUACGUAAUGUCGGUUUCAAAUUGCUGCAAAAAUCACAUGUUGUUCCCUAGCAACCGUAAAUUGUGACAGUGAAAAUCUCAAAUUUAAUUGGCUGCUCGAUUGUUCGUCUCCUAGCAACGGACUUUAGUCAGCGCACAGCAAUUUGAAGCAAGUCAUAGAGAUCUUUGUGAUUGCUUUAUCUGUGUUACCUAAACCAAUUUUUUAUUUUAUAUAACAAUUAGUGAUAAAGGAUGUAAAUUUCUUGUCAUAUUUAUUCAUAUUAUUUAUGAAAACAAUAUUUUUGAUUAAUAAACACGAUUUUCUA